ACCAGUUUCGGCAUGUUAUAUCUCAGCUGCCAUUGAGUGGUAGACCAACAGCAGGAGCAACAACGCGUGCAACGCGAGGAUCGAGCUCGUCUACGCCACAACCACCACCGAUGUUGAUGUUGGCACCGCCGUCGUAUGUGCCGCAGUAUCCGCAGGGGCAGCAACAACCGCAAACGCAGACGCAAAUGCAACAAACUCAAACUCAAAAUCAAACACGAUAUCAACACUACCAAAUCCCCCAACCCCAACCACCCGCGGUAGCUCCAGUCGCACCCGUAGUAGGAACCCCGAUAUCCUCCUCCGCUCAAGCGUAUUUCACAUCCUAUUCUUCCCGACUCCGAACAGGCGCUACGCUCAUCGUUCAACCGACUCUAUUUCCAGGUUCCACAACGACCGGCGCCGCACCAGCAGCAAAUUCAACUUCCUUUCCUCUCGCGUCCACAUCGUCUUCAUCCACCCUGGGAACAACAACGCGUCCCACGCGCGCAUCCCGUCGAUCUCGAGGGACAGUGAUCAACUACGCUGAGGUGGACGACGAGGUGGACGACGACGAUGGUGACGGUGACGAUGCCAAAAAAGACGGAGAUCAUAUCCCCGACGCUGGUGCACUCGAUGACGAUGUAACCGAUGGGGACUUCGUCGGUGGGAGUGGGAGGAGAGUCGGGAGACCGAGUAAACAACAACAACAAGCGAGGGUGGAUAGCUCGGAUUUAGAUCAGAGUUAUCUGGGUCAAGUUCCUCCGUCGAGGUUCAUCAAGUCAAGGGGAUUUUUAUCGAACGCUGCGACGGCGCAGGGCGGUCCGAUGUUCAGUUUAGAUUACGGUCCAAACUACCUUUCUCCCUUGCCCCUUCCCUCUCUCCGGAACCCAAACCCAAAUCCAAUCCUCAUCCCUGUCCGGCUCGAAUUCGACGUCCCAGAGCUCGGAUUACGCAUCCGGGAUGUAUUUUUGUGGAACCUCCACGAGCCAUCGUCGUCGGGGAUAACACCAGAGGUAUUCGCCGCGCAAUUUUGUAGGGACUUGGAUAUCGGGGUGGAUCCGUAUGGGGAGAUCGUGGCGAGGCAGAUUAGGGCACAGGUGGAGGAUGCGAGAGGGGAGGCGUGGGUUGGGUGGAUGGAUUCCUUGUCUGUGCUUGUUGAAGACCACGACGACGACGACGAAGAAGAAGACCUCGACCAACACCAAAACUCACUCACCCAAAACACCGAAUGCCGCGUCAUCCUCUCCCUCGACGUCCAAAUCUCCACCCACCACCUAACAGACCACAUCGAAUGGGACCUCCUCUCCCCUCUCACCCCCGAAGCCUUCUCUCUCCAACUCUGUGCCGACCUCGGCCUAUCCGGGGAAGCCAUCCCUCUCAUCGCACAUGCGGUACACGAGGAACUGUGUCGUCACAGACGCGACGUCGUUGAUUGGGGUGUUCUCGGUGCCCACCCUCCGUUGAACUCCAACAACUCGAACUCGGGUAUAGGUGGUAGCGUUGGUGACUCGGAAGGAACAGUCAAAGACCGAACAGGGCUGGGUUUAGGAUCUCUCGGACGCCCAGCGCGAGAACGAGACGGGCGGUACCCGAAGCCCCUACGGAGCGCGUGGAGGGAUUGGGCGGAGGCGGAGGAGUAUGCGACGCGUUGGGAGGUGUUGAGUCCCGAGGAGGUCGAGCGGAGGGAGGUUGAGAGGGAGAGGGCAGGGAGGAGGUUGAGGAGGGAGACGAGUAAGUGGAGGUCGAGGAGGUGA